AUGCCUACAACACUCGUCACAGGAGGCAAUGGCUUCGUGGGUGCCACGGUUGUCUCAACUCUUCUAUCUUCGAAAUUCAACCACCGAGUCAUCCUCGCUGUCCGCUCCGUCGCAUCGGCCGAAGCUCUGAUAGCCAUCCACCCAGAAUGGCCAGCCGACAAUGUGGUCAUUGCCUCUGUCCCAGAUUUCACAGUCCCCGGAGCCUUCGACGAGAUCUUCAAGUCACACUCUGAAAUCGACUAUGUGAUCCACGUGGCAGCACCCCUUCUGGACGACCCUCGCAACAACGAGUUCGUCGAGCAUUUCGAAAAGCCGAACGUGUUGGGUAAUAUCGGUAUCCUCACGAGCGCGAAGCAAUUUGGCAAGAAUGUCAAGGCUAUUAGCGUCACUGGCAGUGUAAACGCUAUCACGCUCGGCGAUCAGGACGAUGUCAAGAAGCGAGUCUUUGGCAACAAGGAGUGGCUUGUUCAAGGUCGAGAGGACGCUAUCAAAGCCCAACACAACUACAUCUCAUAUUGCGUUGGCAAGAAAGUCGCAGAACAAGCCCUCUGGAAGUUCGUCGAGGAGGAAAAGCCCUCCUUCACAGUCACGAAUUUCAUGCCACCUCUGAUCUUUGGGCCCAUGGAGCAGAAAGUCGCAAGUGCCGCGAAGAUCAAUUUCAGCAACUCGCAGAUCCAAGCCAUCUUAAACAGCGCAAAGGCCGAGGGCGGUAAAGUGCCGUCAACCAUAUUCCCCGGCUACAUCGACGUCCGCGAUCUCGCAGAACUCCAAAUCCUCGCGCUCACCACGCCCGGUGCAGCGAACAAGCGAUUCGUGGUCGGUUUCCCCAUGAUGUUCAACCGCUUCGCAGAGGCACUACGUAAUGUUCCAGAGUACAGCUCCCGCAUCGGAGAGAAUAACGAUGACGAUGAAAAGCUGACGUCUGCUCGCUUCGGCACUGACGAGGCUGAGGCCGUCUUCCAGUUCAAGUUCAGAUCUCUCGAGGAGACGGCGAAGGACGUCGCUGCUAGUAUCGUCAAGGUCGAGGCGCAAGCUGCUUGA